GGUGAGUCAGGCACAGACUGGGUGGAAUUGGUCGUGAGUGAUGGCGACUGUAAAUGAGACUGAAGCAAGUGAAGGGGGCAAAGAUAAAGUCAUUGCAAAGCAGGAGAAAAUUGAUAACUAUUGCCUUCAGGAUAUUGGUAAAUUGUCAGAGUCAAUGGAUGAUGAUGAUGAUGAAGAUGAUACUGAUGAUGAUGACAGAAACUCUAAAAAGGAUACUCGUGCCCCAUUAGAGUUAAUGGCAGAAUUCCUCAGAGCUGAAAUGGGCCGAGACUACCACCUGGCAAAAAAAUUAUGUGAGAUGAUCCUCGUCUAUGAACCAGAAAAUCCUGAGGCCAAAGAGUUUUCCUCACUUAUUGAAGAAAUGUUGAUGAAGGAGAAAGCUCAGAAUCUUGAGGAAGAAAGUGGAGAGGACAGCAGCACUGAGAGUGAAGGAGAAAGCAGUGAGAACGAGAGCAGUGGGAGCUCCGACGAAUGUGACGAUGGGUCAUGACGGUCACUGCGGUGUAAACAGCGUGCGUUGUCAUUAAUAUAUACUACAAAAAUAAAGAAGACUGCAGCACCUCGCUCUAGUUGUUCUUUCUUUGGU